CUGGGGACGGAACCACACUGGCUGCCUAGCGGCUGAGCAGAGGCGAGUACACACAGCUGCAGAACCGAGCGGAGAACGCUAACUGGUACCAGAAUUUGAGCUUGAGCGUGACUCCGAGCCAGAGCCCCAGACUGCCGCAGGUCCUCAGGAUGCUGAGCGCCCGAUUCUUGGUGCCCCGGCUCUUCUGCCUCCAGGGCAGGACUGCCCCAUACUCUACAGCGGCUGCUCUCCCGAACCCAAUCCCAAACCCAGAGAUCCACUACAACCAGCUGUUCAUCAACAACGAGUGGCAUGAUGCGGUCAGCAAAAAGACCUUCCCCACGGUGAACCCCACUACCGGCGAAGUCAUCGGGCACGUGGCUGAGGGUGACCGGGCAGAUGUGGAUCUGGCUGUAAAAGCUGCCCGGGAAGCCUUCCGCCUGGGGUCCCCAUGGCGCAGGAUGGACGCCUCAGAGCGGGGCCGGCUGCUGAACCGCCUAGCUGAUCUCGUGGAACGGGAUCGCGUGUACCUGGCCUCACUGGAGACCCUGGAUAAUGGGAAACCUUUUCAGGAGUCCUAUGUCUUGGAUCUGGAUGAAGUCAUCAAGGUGUACCGUUACUUUGCUGGCUGGGCUGACAAGUGGCACGGUAAAACCAUUCCUAUGGAUGGUGAACAUUUCUGCUUCACCCGCCAUGAGCCAGUGGGUGUCUGUGGCCAGAUAAUCCCGUGGAACUUUCCACUGGUCAUGCAGGGCUGGAAGCUGGCUCCAGCACUCGCCACGGGCAACACUGUGGUCAUGAAGGUGGCAGAGCAAACCCCACUUUCUGCUCUGUACUUGGCCUCCCUCAUCAAAGAGGCAGGGUUUCCCCCAGGAGUGGUGAACAUCAUCACUGGCUAUGGUCCCACGGCAGGAGCGGCCAUUGCCCAGCACAUGGAUGUGGAUAAAGUCGCCUUCACAGGCUCCACCGAGGUGGGCCACCUGAUUCAGAAGGCCGCUGGUGAUUCCAACCUCAAGAGAGUCACCCUGGAGCUGGGUGGGAAAAGCCCCAGCAUUGUGCUGGCAGACGCCGACAUGGACCAUGCCGUAGACCAGUGUCACGAAGCCCUCUUCUUCAACAUGGGCCAGUGCUGCUGCGCGGGAUCCCGGACAUUCGUGGAAGAGUCCAUCUAUCAAGAGUUUCUGGAGCGAACUGUGGAGAAGGCCAAGCAGAGGAGAGUAGGGAACCCCUUUGAGUUGGACACCCAACAGGGACCUCAGGUGGACAAGGAGCAGUUUGAGCGAAUCCUGGGCUACAUCCGGCUGGGACAGAAGGAAGGGGCGAAGCUUCUCUGUGGCGGUGAUCGUUUUGGGGAGCGUGGCUUCUUCAUCAAGCCCACAGUCUUCGGGGACGUUCAGGAUGACAUGAGGAUCGCCAGGGAGGAGAUCUUCGGGCCCGUGCAGCCUCUGUUCAAGUUCAAGAAGAUCGAAGAAGUAAUCCAGAGAGCCAACAACACCAGGUACGGCCUGGCUGCAGCUGUGUUCACCCGAGACCUGGACAAGGCCCUGUACUUCACCCAGGCCCUGCAAGCCGGGACGGUGUGGGUGAACACCUACAACAUUGUCACCUGCCACACGCCCUUCGGAGGCUUUAAGGAGUCGGGCAAUGGCAGGGAGCUGGGGGAGGACGGGCUCAAAGCAUACACAGAGGUGAAGACUGUCACCAUCAAGGUUCCUGAGAAGAAUUCCUGAGAUUGCCCACCUUGGAGACCCAACCCUGUCCUGCAGCUUCACAGCAUCCAGACAGCAGAAGACAAAAUUUGAUCUCAGCUUGAGUUCCCAAUGAUGUGUUACAAGAGCUGUCAACAAAUAAUUAAAUCAGAGCUAUCCUACUUAAAGCAGAGGCGGUGGCUGGGCUCAGAGUGUAGCUCAUCGCAUCCCCAGCUCCCACUUCACAGAUGAGUUUGCCAGGAAACCUUAGGAGUCUCCAGAAGGCAGACAUGUUCAAGACCAUUGACUGGCCAUAAAAAGGAAUGAUGGACUGAUCUGGGGCAAAUGAACAAUCCUCAAAAACAGAAUACCAGCCUCAUGUAGAGUUUGGCAGGGACUCGGGGGUGGGGGUAGGCGGGGGAUUGGAGGAACAACUGCUUGUGGAUACAGGGCUCCUCUUCGGGUGAUUUUUGAAAAUGUCGUGAAAUGGGGUAAUGGACAUAGCUGGACAACUUUGCAGUUGUACUGAUUUACUACCAAAUUGUGCACUUAAUUAGGGUAUAGAAAUUACUUUCAUUUUAAAAUUAAAAUAAGCUCAGUGUUCAGUU